GGGCGGUAAACCCUUAGUCGUAAUAGAAAUACAGAACGAGACAGAAGUACAGGCCCUCCUGAAAGUCCGAUUAAUGUAUCAAUAGUACAAGUUAAAAUCCACCAUCCCAGCACUAAAAAACUCAAAAAUUCUCUGACCCCUGAAAAAAAAAUAGUCACUCGUUUGGAAAUGCCAGUUAAAAAAGCUGCGCCCGUGAAAUUCAACCGCCUGAAAGUUUCAUUUUCCCAAGACUUGUAAAACUGUUGUACGCGUGGGUACAGUACAUGCAAAAAGUUUGUUUAUCAAGUGAUUCAAUGAUACAAUCCUCCGCAGUAUAAUGCACAUCAGUCUGAUUAAUUUCAGUAUUAUUCAUCAUCAUUUUAACCCCUUGAACCUCAACCAAUUCUCCUCAUAGUGCCUAAAAAAAAUUGUGUUGUCAACUACUCGAUGUUUAACGCAAAAACAGGAGUAGGUGUAGUUUCCAGAGAAUUAGACGCCAUCUGUUCCUCGAUAUAUUACCCAGUGACUUUGUCGAUAGAUUAUUGAUUACUUUUGGUUAUGUUUUAUUUCGUUGUUAUUAAUCAAGCGAAGUGCUUCCGUACUGAUCAUUUUCAAAAAAAUAUCAUCUCCAAAACUAGAGGUUCAAGUGUCGGAUGGGAAGGGAGGAAAAAUCGUUAAUUUUCUCUAGAGAUUUCUCGUUUUUUCGUGUGUGUUUGUUGGGAAUUUUGUGAUAUGCCACAGCGUGGUAGUGAAAUUUUUUGGAAAAAAAUGUUGGCUGGAUUUUUCGAGUCUCGGUCAAUUUGUCUGACUUCACGGAAUGCGAGAUUCAGUUGUCAUUGAACUUUGGGAAUUCGGCGCGAUGACACGGAGCUGUGAUUUUCGAGGAUUUUGAGUCGGGAGGGUCUUGAAUUUUUUUUUUUGGUUUUUUUAGAGGGGGUCUUGGGGCUGGGGUAGUGUUUUUUGGAGUACGAGGUUGAUAUAACGGUUGGAAUUUUGAUGUGACCGUUGAAAUAGUGUUUGUGGAUAGUGUACCGUGUGAAAUCUCGAUGUUACCACCGUUGUCACAGGGCCCAGAUGCCCUGGAAUUGGAUAUUCCUGGUUGACAGAUCAUCGCCGGUUGUUUUCCCGUUUUUUGGGAAUUUUUUUGGCAAAUUUAGAGGACCAUGGCGUUGUCAGCUAAUGAUUGUGAUUUGGUCCUCGCCAGGUUGACAGCUAGAAAUGGUGAUACGCCCGGUUAUGAUACGUGGCCACAGGAAAAAGUACCUGUGAAGCAAGAGCGCCCAGAUGAAGCGGAAAUCCGCGAAUUGGCUGCCAAAAUGGUGGAAGCAAACAAAGCGAAAAUGUUAACUUCGAUACCAGGAGUAUCCCAAAGACCGACAGGUGGUCAACAGGCUCUUCCUGGUAUUCUCGGUUAUUUAAACAAAAAGCCAAAUGACUCAACAACCCAACAAGCAUCAAAAUCCCCCUCAGUCGAUGGUAAAACACCACUGGACGACGACAGCCAGCGUGGGAGAUUCGGUUGGAUAACAUUUGAUAAAUGUCACAUCCCUUACAUAUACCGAAGUGGUGAAAAGUACUGUGCUGUUAGGAUACUUGAGGCAAAACUACUCAACAAGUACCUGAACUACUUGCACUCGGAUAUAUACAGUUGUACAUGUAUAAAGAGUUACUUCAUCACCGAGGCUGAGAGUAAAUUAUUUAAUGAGAUUAACAACAAACACUGUGAGAACCAAUUUGGUAAGGAACAAUUUACAUGCAAAGAUCUUGUUGUUAGAUUGUCUGAUGCCAAAGAAUUCUACACAUUUCUCGACGUUUGUUAUACUAAAUUAACGAGUCAAAAUGUCAAUACUGGACAGAAGGGGGAGAAGUGCGGUUUCAUUCGUAUUAAUAAGGAAUCAGUGGUACCGUACACUGUUAAAGACAAUUUGAAGUAUGUGCCGCUAUUUUAUUUUGAGGGUGAAACGGACAAUCUGAAACUUAAAGCCGAAAAACUCGAGGGAUGGGACUUGUCUUAUCUUAAAUUUUGUUGUAAAGUACAGGGUAUACGUAAUGAAUUAUUUGCUAGUGAAACGUGUUCAGUGAUAAGUUUGAGUGACAUUAAGAGUUAUUUUCCACCUGGUACUGGAUUUGAGGAUUAUUGGCCGAGUAAAGUUAUGGAUUCACAGUUAUUUGUUAGUGGUAAGGGUGGAGCUAGUGCUGGUGGGUGGACAAAACAACCACCAGCACCACCAGCUGUUAGUAAACCAGUUGCUGUUGUCAAUAAUGCUAGUAGCAAGACAGUCAUCAAUGCUAGGACAAUGCAGUCUGUACCAAGGAGUACAACUGUUAAUACAACGAUACAUCAUAUUAAUCAGACUAGGCCUGUUACCACACAUCCUGGGCAUGGAUCACCUAAUACCGCUAGAACACCUACCAAUGCUCAAAUUCUCAAUCCUGUUCCUAAUGCUGUCAAUGGGUGGUCUGGACUCGUUGGGGAACAGCCAACUUUUCAAACUAUCGUACCUCAGUCCAAUUCCAUUAUCAGAAUGCAGAAUCCAUCUCUCAAUAUGCAUAGCCCAAUGGCGACGUCCAAAGGAUAUUCCCAGCAACCAAGGAGUAGACCAAACAGCAAUGCCCAGUCUGGACAGUAUCCAGUUUAUCCUGUGUCUACGAUGCAAAAUGUAGCGCAGGCACCUCCGCCCCUUGUUAGGGCGACAGCUCAUUCUAAUCAACCAAAUCUGGGUUAUCCAACCUAUGGGAAGGAUGACUGGAUGGGAGCAACGUACACGACAUCAAGUCUAGUGCAAAAUGCUGUAACAGCCAGCACCUAUCCCCAGAUGCUGAAUUUGAGUACUGAGCAGGUGCAGGCACUGCUGCAUCCACCAACAUCAUCGGCUAUUAUGCCGCAUACGCAGCGACAUACACCACCGGCGCACAAUACCUCGCAUCCCAAGUAUCCUCCACCAUUGAUACCAGUCAAUGGAAGUUCUAACAGUACGAGAGAUUCUCGAGGGAGGAAGGCCCUAAUCCCCAUCGCUGAGACGAUAGCAAGCUGUCAAGUCCAGCCAUAUGGAAUUCAGAAGGCUCUCGUCGAUGAGAAAUUGGUGCCGUGUAUCAAUUUCAAGCCCUACAUUUAUUCCGAAUUGCUUAUGACAUUGCCGGACUUUGUAUUCCAAUUUUUUCCCAACGCUGAUAUGAAUAACUGCAGGGAAAUUCUCAGUGAUGUCUUGGGGGUGGAUUUAUACCAAGGAAACAGACUACAAAUGAAGAAACUGAUGGAGGCUGGCAAGUGUACCUCGAUGAACGAGGAAUUGCCACUGAUUCAAGUACGAAAUAUAAUAAAGUACAUGCCGCAGAUGAAGUACAUGUUCAGGAGUAUGGGUAUACCAGCAACAGCUCAUUCAUCCGAGGAACAUCCCCCUAAAAAAAGACAGCGUACCAGCUAGGAUUGGCUCCAGCCUUACUGGCCCACAUACGAUUACUAUCACUCGGCAUUUUAAUCAGUGCUGUUUGUCCAAGUGCUGUUGUGGCACGUUUAAUUGAGUUUAUUCAUUUUCAUUUUAUUUUUCAUCCCUUGAAGAAUAAACGAAGAGAUCAUCGUACCCCUAAGGCUACCUCAACGAAAGAGCAUUUUCUAUUUUUCUUUUCAAUUCUGAUCAGUACACAGUGGAAAUAUUACGUGACUCAUAAUUUUGGCCAUAAUGAAUUGGUUGAAAAAUUGACUGAAUGGAAUUUUCAGUGAUUUUUGCGAAGUAAAAUCAGAAGAAUGAGUUCCUGAAGGCGAAUAUUAAUUCGUGGGAGAUAAAAUUCAAGUGGAAAUGAGAGAAAAAUUGAGAUGAUGAUUCAAUGAAGGAAGAGGAGUCGAAAUGAAUAAUAAAUAAAAAUAAAUGGACGGAGAACGUGCCACAAUGGAGGAUGUGUACAUAAAUUCUGGACAUUACGUUUGGAAAGUGAGAGGAGUGGGUUAAUUUUAUACGAGUGAGUAGAAGAAAAGGCUCUAAUUUCAAGUUAAUAGUUCGAGAAUUAAAUGACAGGUCGGGCAGCUCAAACAAAUGGUCUUCCGUUGUGAGCUUCAUUUCCCGUUUAAGAGAUAAAUUUUCGACGUUAGGGUUGACCAGAAAUAUCAGUUCGUUCAAGUAGUGAAGAGGUGAGUUGGAGCACGUCGAGUUUUGCGGAAAUAUCUCGACAUCUGUAGGAGAUAGAGAAUUUCCCAUCAGGAUGCCUUUUAUAGGGUUGAUUGAAAGCUGCAAAAAAGGUAUCCACAAAAAUUUUGCCAUCUACCUCAGAUCCAGAGAUAUUCAGGUUACCCUCCACCUCUUCCCUGUUGAAUCGAUCCAGCUUGAUUUUCCAUUAACGAUAAACGUGUGACGAACAUAACUCAAGACGUUCCUGUGCUCUGACAAGUGUAUAUAAGAGUUGAAUAACUGAAAUCAAUACACGAUGAAUUUUCAUCGAUAAAUGCGGGGGAAUAAAUAAAUGGUGUGUGCUGGAAGGGUGAUUAAACCCUUUGACUAUCCUGUUACAGUGAAAGAAUACAUACUAAAGUGGUAUAUUUUAUUAUUCAUAUGGAUAUUGUAGACUUGAAGACGCAGAAAUCGAGGAACACAAAACGUUAAUAAUCGUAUUGCCAUUGACAAGAGACUACGAUGGACUGGCGUCUGAAUCCAUUCAUGUAUCAUAUCUUGAAUCUUCAUUUUUUACACUCCAAAUUAGUACUACGAAAUUAAUGGGAAAGGGGGCGGGGAAAUGACAAAUGUAUAAAGUUGGUAAGGGGGUUAUUCUGGUUUUUCAUUAUCUGGGGAGUUCUGAUAAAUUUUUCAUUAAUUUCAAUUUUGUAUUCCUGACGAUGAAGUGGUUGGUGGAUGGGUGGAGAAAUUAUUCGAGAGAAUUUUCGUAAAUAAUGGGUACGCGAAUCUCCGGGGGGAAAAGAAGCUCUGCAAGGCACCAGUCCACGAUUUAGAGAAAAAAGUAAAUUGUGAAAAUGAAGGUGUCAAGCCUUCGGUUCUAAGUAUAUUUAGAUUAGAGCGUCUAUUUGUUGAUGGAAGGGGAGGGGAAAAUAAUUGUUAUGAUAAUUACGUGUACUAUAAUUUAUCAUACUAUCAUCUGUAUAUAUAGCCUAUGAAAAAGUAAUUAGGAAUAAUAGAUAUUUCAACAAAUAAAU